UUCUGGAGAACAUGAUGGAGGUCAGCUUAGCAUCACUGGUCCAGAGGCCCAGAAGGAAGGAAAGGCCCAUGGCCCAAGGCCCCAGCGGGUGCCAGGAGGGAGCUCCUGUUCAGAAGGCCUGGCCUGAGUGUCCUGGGUCUGUCCCUGUCAAGGCUAAAGAGGAGGAGCCUGGUAAACAAGAUGGAGGAGAAGACUCGGCUCAGCUUCAGCCUCAACAGGAGAAGCUAUCCCUGGAUGUUGGGGUACGGAACACUGUGGUCCAUGCCAUGCAGGAGGUGCUGCGGAGCCGCCUCCAGGAGCUCCCAGACCUGGUGCUGAGUGAGGAGGCGGUGGAGGGCAUCGCUGCUGGCAUCGAGACAGCCCUCUUCAACCUGACACAAACCACCAGCUGUCGCUACAAGACCAAGUACCGCAGCCUGCUGUUCAACCUGCGUGACCCCCGGAAUCCAGACCUAUUUCUCAAAGUGGUUCGGGGAGAUGUCACCCCCGAAGACCUGGUGCAGAUGAGCUCAACCCAAUUGGCGCCCCAAGAGCUGGCCUGCUGGCGGGACCAGGAGGAAAAAAGGGGCCUGGAGAUCAUUGAGCAGCAGCAGAAGGAGCUGCGCAGCCUCCCGGCCUUCAAGCUGACUCACAAGGGUGAAGUCGAGAUCCUGCGGGACGUGGACCAGAUGCUGACCCUAGAGGAUCUGGUGGAACCCAUGGUGUCCAUAGACUGCAGCACCUUGGCCCUGCCUGCCCCAUCAAAGGCCACCACAGAGCAGGACGAGGACACCACGGAGCAGCACGAGCACCACUUCCUGGACCCCAGCUGCCGAAUCUGCAUGGACUGGAAGCCCUCGUGUGAGCUGCCAGACUCCCUCACAGCUACUAGGAGGAUGGGGGACAGUGUCUUCCAGAGGGUCCCAAGCCCGGCCCUUGCAUCCUCUCCAGAGAUGCCCCAAACUAGGGAGAAGCCUCCCACACAGCUCCAGGACAGGCUCCAGAUGCCUGCUGGGCCCACAGAGGCCCUGCCCGGCCAGCCGCCCUGGGAGGGAGCUCUGGACAUGUUCUCCAUCAAGCGGUUCAGAGCUAAAGCCCAGCUGGUCUCUGGAAGCAGCUGUCGGCUCCUCAUGGCCCUGCCUGAGGUGAUCCGUUCAGCAGGCUGCAUCCCCUCCAAUACUGUCUGGGAACUUUUGGCCAGCAUCUGCCCAGCCAAGGCCAAGGACAUCUGCGUGGUCAGACUGUGCCCACAAGGGGCUCGGGACACCGAGAACUGCCGCCUACUCUAUUCCUACCUCAACAAUAAGCAGUGUCAUGGCCUGGCCGCCGUGGAACAUGUGUGGGUGGUCCUGCUGCCCCUGCCUGCCUUCCAGCUCCUGCCCACCAGACUGCGCCCUCUUGGAGGCCCCGGCCUGGAAGCCACUCACUCAAGUCUGGUGUUAGCUGUACUGCUCCCCAAGGCAGGGGUUCUAGACACAGCAGAGUCCAGCCCUUUGUGGGAGAAGGUUCAAAAGAUGACCUCCUUCAGCAGAAAAGUGGAGAGGAGACGCCAUCAGCCGGAGGACAGGAGUCCCAAUGUGGCCCCGAAGGGCUCUCCUCCCCCAAGGCCUGCUCUGCAGCAGAGCCAGGGCAAUAGCAGCCUGGCUCCAAGGGGAAUUUGUGCUUGGCCGAGGCCCCCCAGAGGCAGGGGGAGACUGUGGGGAGAGCCUGGAACCUGGCAAAGUCCUGGGAGAGGGCAGUGGCCCCCCAAACCAGGCCCGUGCCAGUCCUGGCAUCCCUAUUCAGCAGCACCAUUUGGCCAUGGCCACCACCUCCACAGGGCCUCAUGUCCCCACCAGGCCCUGCUCCAGCAUCUUGAAUCCCUGGUGUCCAUGAGCUACCGGCUCCAAGCCUCAUUGAUAUCCCCUGGCCAGGGGUUCCGUCCUGCAACCCCUGCCCAGCCCCCUACAGCCCCUGGAAACCAGCCCCCUGCAGCCCCAGAACCCCCUGGCCAGACUCCUGACUCUUUGGGUCCUUCAGAUGGGGCUGGCUCUGAGUGUACCUUCCCCUGAAAGACCUGAACCUCAUUACCCACCAGAAG